AUGCUACAAAAAAGAAAAGAGAAAAUUACACAGACUCCAAGUAGAUCACAGUUUAUUGAAUCAAGUAACAUAUUUCUUUGUAGUAAAGCAAUAAAAAUGGGAGCUGCCGAUGUUGACAGCGCGGGAGGCCGCAAACGGAAGGGAGCGGAGUCCGUGCAAGGCACGCCUGCCUCAAAACGGGCGGCCGUGAAGAAGGAGGUCAAAGAACCACCUGCAUCUGCCGCUAAAGGCGAUAAGGAGAUCACCACAUCAAGAUCAACGACCCUUGGUGCAAAUGCAGGAGACUUGGUUGGCGACAACGAGGAUGACGAAGUUGCGGUGAUUCAGCCUAUCGCGUUGCUGCCGGAACUAGCAGAUCGCUUUCAAAAACAGAACGGCAAUGCAGGCCGGUCAGGCGGGACCGUGAAGUUCACUAACGCCGAUGUCAAGGAACUACGCGCUCAGGGAUUUACAACCCUGGACUCCUUGAAUUUUCCGCCGAUGAGAAAGUUGCUAGCGGUACUGCUUAGAAGUAGAUCGUUGGAACUAGUACCGUGGUCUUUUUCGCCGUAACAACCAACAGGGAGAAUCUAGAACAGAAGUUGAAUUGAGUACUCCUCUUCCACUUUCAGAUCCAGUAGCUUCAAAAAACUUGAAGAUCGGAAUUAUGUUACAACUACUUACAACGAACACAUGAACAAAUUAUAGGUCCGUGGGAUUUCUGAGCAGAAAGCUGAGCUUCUUCAAAAACUUGGGCGAUCGUUGAGCCCUCUGGAAUUUCAAUCCGCCAGCGAUCAUUUAGAGCUGGUGCGCAAAGCGAUUCCGCGAAUCUCCUUGGGCAGUUCCAAAUUGGAUGCCUUGCUGCAGGGCGGUAUCGAAACGGGGUCCAUCACGGAACUCUUCGGCGAAUUUCGAAGUGGAAAGACGCAAAUCGUGCAUACUUUAUGCGUUCUCGCGCAGUUUCCUGCGGAUCAGGGUGGCUGUGAGGGGAAAGUGUGCUACAUCGACACUGAGGGCACGUUUCGUCCGGAACGAUUGGAGCAGGUAGCAAAACGCUUCGGCGUGGCGCCGCAGGAUGUGCUAGAUAACGUAGUGGUGUGCAGAGCCCAUAACACGGAACACCAAACCCAAUUGCUCACGGAAGCCGCCAUUCUGAUGGCGCAGAGUCGAUUUGGACUGCUCGUCAUCGAUUCAGUCACAAAUCUAUACAGGACGGAAUAUGCUGGUAAAGAUACUUUCAAAAUCAACAUAUUUUUUUAUUACAACGUCGUGCUAUGAUGUACUCAUUUAGUACAUGAAGACGUAUUAGUUAUGUUCAUCCAUUGUGAUAUUCAUCAUUCGACUGGAUAUGGAAACGGUCCACUCGCACUUUUGCUGAUUACUACACGAGGUCGUGGCGAGUUGGCCGAUCGCCAGCAGCAUUUGGGUCGAUUUUUGCGAUAUGCGCAACGGUUAGCCGAUGAGUUCGGAGUCGCGGUAGUCGUAACGAAUCAGGUUUCAGCGAAAGUAGACGGCUCGGCGGCUUAUGGACCGGCUCAUUGCCCCAUCGGCGGACACGUGUUAGCGCACGCUUGUCAGACCCGACUGUCUUUGCGGAAGGGGAAAGCAGAAGCUCGCGUGAUGAAGAUCUACGACAGUCCUUGCCUACCGGAAUCUGAGUCGCCAUUCGUCAUUUCCGAUGGCGGAAUUGCUGACGAAGUAUGAGACGGUGGACGCCGGAUCAUCAUACUUAAUAUAUGUUGUAGGAUCUAGCUCUAGCACUACCAAGACCAACUUAGUUAGGAAUAAUAUCUAAAAAUGAAUACUCUCUAGUGCUUGUACUUCCUAAAAAUGAAUCUAGUGCUACUAACUUAGUUAGGAAUAAUUUCUAAAAAUUAUGAUGAAUACUCUCUGUCGUAGAUUUGAAUGAGAAGUUUAUCCAAGAUAGAAGUGUUGAUGGCUGUCGUGUAAAAUGUAGCUGAGUAGUUGAUAAGAGAGACAUCUCAUUAUUUCCGCCGUAUGUCAUUGAAAUAGGACCACCGACAUUGUACUUGGCGGGUUCUUGUAGUAGAGCCUUUCCUAUCGAAAAAAAUUCUUAUGAAGUACAUAUGGAUCCAGUGACUUCUUUCGCAGUGCUUAUCGUCUAAAUGACCUGAGUUUAAAGUUAAGUAGUAUUCCGAGUCUUGCAAGAACAAGUUUCGCUAGAAGAAGCCACCUGCUGAGCUAAAAAACUGAAACGGUAGUAUGUACACGGCACACACGUACAUGCUUCAUGCGUCUAAACUUGCAUCCAGCAAUAUUCCACGUCGACACCAGGAUGUCCGAGCAGUUGAUUGAACUUUUGAAAGACACAAAUAAGAUCUACUACAGUGCGCUUAAUCUUAAGGACCCAAAAAGUCUGAUUUGCAUUUGCACCACUGCGAAGAGUAC